CUGCUUCUGCUUCUGUCUCUGCCCCAGGACUCGCUGCUGCUGCCAUCCUGCUGCUCUGCUUCCGCGCGGCUGCUGGCAUUUAUUUCAUUUGAUUUUUAACUGUCAUCGGCGGCAGUUCAGGCUCAGACCGUUAUCCUCUCGCGUCCUGCCGGAGUGUCUUUGUGGCUCAGACCCAGUUUUGUUUCUUUUUUUUGAAGUGGACGAGAUCCGAGAUACAACUCGAAGCCUGAAGGCAUGAAGGACAGCAGCAGCCUCUCCUCGGGCGGCAGCAGCUCCACCGCCGUGGCCUCCUCCGCCCCGUCCGGCAACGCCACGCCCAGUGCGCCCUCCACUCCCGUGACCGCCACGGCCGCCGUCGCCCCCCCUGACCCCUCGACAGCGCCACAAACCCAGCAGCAGCAGCAGCAGCAGCAGCGGGGCAAGAGCAACAUCCACGAGAUGCGCAACCAGGACUACGUGAGUCGCCUGAUGGCCGCCACGCCCCCCUACCUGUACUCCGCCCCGGUGGGGCCGAACAACUUCUUCUUCAGCGACAUGCUGCGCUCCCUGGUGCAGGCGCGGAACAACGAGACGGCCCGGGUGCUGCAGCUGCAGCAGCAACAGCAGCAGCAGGCCCAGCAGCAGCAGCAGCAGGCUCAGCAGCAGGCGGCCCUGGUGCGGCGUCCGCGGAAGAGGUCCUGGUCGCAUCGUCCCUACUACGAGCAGCUGCGCGAGCGACGCGACGCCGAGGAGAAGCAGCAGCAACACCAGCAGCAGCAGCAGCAGCAGCUGCAGCAAAUGGCCCCAGAGAAGCCCCUGGAACUCACCAACAAGGCCAUCGCUCCCUACGGCUACCCCAAGAUGGAGACCAAGGCCACGGCCACAGCCCCGCCAGCACCGCCGGCCCCGGCUCCCGCCCCACCCACAUCCACGGCGGCGAACGGCGGCAAGAACGCCUCCCUGGGCGGGGCCGUGGACAGCGUCCUGCAGGACAACACCCCGCCGGCAGCCUCCCUGCCGCCACAGGACCUGGUGCUGCCGCCGCCGCCCCCCGUCUGGUAUCCGCCGCUGUACGCGCCGUACGGCAUCGAUCCGCUCCACUUCUUCAUCGACCUGCGGGUCUCCGGGCACAUCUACGACCGCAAGAAGGAGAACGUCUCGCCGCUCUCCAGCAGUAACGGCGGCGCCUCCAUCGCCGAGGAGAGCGCCCCCAGCGCAGGUCCUGGCGCGGGGGCCAGCUCCGGCCAGUUCGCCAGCAGCCUGCUCUCCAAGCAGCGCCACGGCUCCGCCUUCACGGUGCCCAUUCCCAAGGCGGCCCAGAGCGACGCCAUCAACCUCUGCGCCAACGCCCAGGCCGGAGCGGGGGGCGUGGCAGGCUCGCUGGGCAGCAAGUUCGAGCACUACGCCAAGUACUACGACCUGGGCGAGGCCAAGGAGAACCAUCCGGGGGCCGGCGGGAGCAGCACCGCAGCGAAUCUCUCGGCAGCUGCCGCGGCGGCGGCGGCUGCUGCGAAUCUCUCCAAGUCGGGAGCCAGCUACAUGCUGCAGCACCUGCCACGCCUCUACAGCCAGUUCGCCGCCCACCAGGCGCAGGCCCAGAGCGGCCAGGACGCGGACGCCAAGUCGGAGUCGGCCUCGGUGAGCGCCUCGCUCUCCGCGCCCGACCUCUGCGACGAGGACUCGAUGGGCGGCCGCGGCUCCAGCGACACGGGCGCCGGCCUGGAGGGCAACUCCUCGCAGGGCGGCACCGGCGGCGGGCAGGGAAACUGCGACAUCGACGUGGAGAUCAUCGACUCCAUCAAGUACCGCACGGACGGCGAGAGCAGCCGCUGCUCCAGCAACGACGAGGCCUCCAUCACCCAGAUCGACUGAGGCUGCCGCCAGAAGGAUAAUGAAUAAGGAUAUGAAUAAAUCGCUUGCUAUUG